AUGACAGACGAACAAUCCUAUGACCCGAAACCACCACCAGGGCCAGUUUCCCACCUCUCGCACCCAGCCCUACUAGCCGACUACGACCUCUCCCGCCCCCUCGCGGCACUGCCGUCAGCCCACGGUCUCCGCCGCGGGCUCCCAGGCUACGGCGAUCCGCAUUUUGCCCUGUUCCUCCGCAAGGUCUUCAUAAAAGCCCUCGGGUACAGCGACGACGCGCUGUCGCGGCCCAUCGUCGGCAUCACCAACACGCACUCGGGUCUCAACCCGUGCCAUGCCAACGUGCCUCAGCUGAUCGAGGCCGUAAAGAGGGGUGUACACCUGGCCGGCGGGCUGGCGGUCGAGUUUCCGACCAUUAGCGUCCACGAGAGCUUCGCCAGCCCGACGAGCAUGUUCCUCCGGAACCUGAUGAGCAUCGACACCGAGGAGAUGAUCCGCUCCCAGCCGCUCGACGCCUGCGUCGCCGUCGGCGGUUGCGACAAGACCGUCCCUGCGCAGCUCAUGGGCGCCAUAUCGGCCGACAAGCCCGUGCUGCCGCUCGUCACAGGGCCCAUGAUGCCGGGCAGCCAUAGAGGGGUGCGAGUCGGCGCGUGCACGGAUUGUCGCAGCAGCUGGGCCGCCUUUAGGGCCGGGGCGAUGGAUAUCGAGGAGAUCGCCGCCAUCAGCGAAGAGCUCGCCCCGACGGGAGGGACGUGCGGCGUCAUGGGAACCGCGAGCACCAUGGCCUGCGUCACAGCCGCCUUGGGACUUAUGCCCCUGAAGGGAGCUAGCGCCCCGGCAGUAUCGUCGGCCCGUAUGCGCAUAGCCGAGGAGACGGGCCGGAAUGCAGUCGCCGUUGCCGCCGCCAACAGGACACCGCAGGCGUUGCUGACGGUUGAGUCGUUCCACAAUGCCAUCACCGUCCUGCAAGCCAUCGGCGGGUCCACCAACGCAGUGGUGCACUUGCUCGCCAUCGCCAACCGCCAUCCCCAGAUCCAGGGGCUAAUCACACUCCAGACGUUUGACGACAUUGGCCGCCAGACCCCGCUCCUGGUCGACCUGAAGCCAAGCGGAGAAAACUACCUGACCGAUUUUCACAAUGCCGGCGGGAUGCUGGCAUUGCUCCACACGCUCCGGCCGCUGCUACACCUCGGCGCCUCGACCAUUGACGGCCGCACUCUGGGCGAGGUUCUUGACGCCGAGCCCAUACCCCGCGAGUUCCCAUUCAUGAGGCAGAUCAUCCGACCACUGUCAGACCCCUUAUAUCCCGCGUCAUCCCUGGCGAUCCUGCGAGGUAACAUUGCGCCCGGGGGCGCCGUGAUCAAGGCCUCGGCUUCCAAAGACCGUCGGCUGCUGCGACACCGCGGCCCUGCGGUCGUGUUUGCCAACAGCGCCGACAUGGCAGCCCGAAUCGACGAUCCGGGACUUGAUGUGACUGCCGACAGCGUCCUCGUGCUGCAGGGGAUCGGUCCGGUUGGGAAUCCAGGCAUGCCAGAGGCCGGCUUGAUCCCCAUCCCACGAAAAUUGGCUGCCCAAGGAGUGUCGGACAUGCUGCGGCUGAGCGAUGGACGGAUGAGUGGGACUGCGGGAGGAAGCGUGGUGCUUCACAUCUCGCCCGAGUCGGCACUGCCAGAUAGUGUGUUUGGUAUUGUGCAGAAUGGCGAUAUGAUUCUGUGCGAUGUAGAAAACAGGCUCCUGCAGGUCGACAUUAGUGGCGAGGAGAUACAGGAAAGGAUCCGCUCAAGAGCUGCAGCAAAGACCAAGCAGGAUCAAUCACAAGGCAGAAAGGUUCCGAUCCGAGGAUAUCGUGGUCUAUACCUACGCUCCGUCAACCAAGCACAGUUCGGUGUAGAUUUUGACUUUCUCACAGCCAAUGGAGGGCAGGACGUGACGUAA